GGCAUCCACAGGGGUCAUGAAACGGAGCUGAACUUCACGUUUAGAUGAAUUAACUGCACGCACAGGACCGGGACUGCCAUUUAGACUCACUUUACUGGCUGGACCGCGCGUAGUUCAUCUUUAUCUGAUGCUGCGUAAAAGCUGACCGUGGAAACCGCUGCAGGCGCUCUAAAGAAAUCGCAUCAGAGGAUACCACUCAGUGUGAUUUUGCUGCCACUACAUAUAAACUAUAUCGAGCACUUGCGCUUGUUUACACGAGGAGACAAGAACUGUUGGUCCGGACAGACCUGCUUCUCAUCCAAAUGGAUGCGCAAUGAUGGAUUAAUCGCUUUUCGAUGCAACUUUUCCGCGCGGUGCCCAGAUAAACCCCUCCUGAGGAUUUUACGCCAGCAACCUUUACCUGAUUUAUCCUUUCAAGAUGUCAUCGGAGUAUUUGAUAAAGUCACUGCUUAUGCUCUUUCUAGCACUCUUCUCCGCCAAUGCGAGCAACUGGCUAUACCUGGCAAAGCUGUCAUCGGUGGGGAGCAUCUCAGAUGAAGAAACCUGUGAGAAGCUCAGAGGACUCAUCCAGAGGCAGGUUCAGAUCUGCAAGCGUAAUGUGGAGGUGAUGGACGCGGUCCGCAGGGGCGCUCAGCUCGCUAUCGACGAGUGCCAGUUUCAGUUCCGCAACCGACGCUGGAACUGCUCGACGCUAGAGAGUGUUCCUGUGUUUGGCAAAGUGGUCACACAAGGUACACGGGAAGCUGCAUUUGUGUACGCCAUAUCUGCUGCUAGCGUAGCCUUUGCAGUGACCAGAGCCUGCAGCAGUGGGGAGCUGGACAAGUGUGGCUGCGACCGCAAUGUGCACGGUGUCAGUCCAGAAGGUUUCCAGUGGUCAGGAUGCUCGGAUAACAUUGCAUACGGGGUUGCUUUUUCCCAGUCCUUUGUGGACGUCAGAGAACGAAGUAAAGGACAGUCCUCCAACAGAGCCCUAAUGAACCUUCAUAACAACGAGGCGGGGAGGAAGGCAAUUCUGAACCACAUGCGAGUGGAAUGUAAGUGCCACGGCGUUUCAGGUUCCUGCGAGGUAAAAACCUGCUGGAAAGCAAUGCCGCCGUUCCGCAAAGUGGGCAACAUCAUCAAGGAGAAAUUCGACGGCGCUACAGAAGUGGAGCUGCGCAAAGUGGGCACCACCAAGGUCCUGGUUCCACGAAACUCACAGUUCAAGCCGCACACAGAUGAAGAUCUGGUGUACCUGGACCCGAGCCCAGACUUCUGCGAACACGACCCCAGAACUCCAGGCAUACUGGGAACCGCAGGGCGCUUCUGCAACAAGACCUCGAAGGCCAUCGACGGCUGCGAGCUCAUGUGCUGCGGUCGCGGAUUCCACACGGAGGAGGUGGAGGUGGUCGACCGCUGCAGCUGCAAGUUCCACUGGUGCUGCUACGUCAAGUGCAAACAGUGCCGCAAGAUGGUCGAGAUGCACACGUGUCGGUGAUCCAGACUGCAGAACUUAUUCUCACCACUUCCCUACAUGCACAGGGAAACCAGACAAAUUCCCCAGCAUUUCAUGCGACAAUAAAGGAACAUGUCAUACAUGAAACUUUAAAAUAUAGGGGCGAAUAUACCCGAGGUCCCAAUUGAGAGUAUUUUUCUCUCUUCUCGUUCUGUUUUUAAUUGUGGUUGCUCUCUUAUUUUUAUAUAUAUAUAUAUAUAUAUCUAUCUAUUUUAACUUAUUGCAAUCAAAUAGAGAGUGAAUUUUUAAUGUGACGCGCACCAGAGGAGUGCCAUUGGGAUCAGGGGCACAUGAAUAUGGAGAAAGGUCAACGUUUAAAAGCCUUUUCAUCGUUAAUGCUGCUUUAGGGUUUCAUCCUGAAAGAUGGACUUCGGACUAACUGAGAUAUGCAGUCCAGGUGUGCAUGUACUUUCCAUAGUUUUCCAUACUCGUGGCCAUUCGUUCCUGUGAUGCUGCUUGAAUUCAAAAAUCACUCACCAAUAAUGUACAGCAAGUAUUAAAGCGAGGCCUGCUUUACUAGGGAUGCAAACCGGCUCCGAACAAGACGGAGUGGAAAUAUAAUUGUCAGCAAGAUGUUUGAAAAUCAAAGUCGUUAGUUAACUAGCUAUUGACACAGACGGAUGAUUGGUGCUGAGCUGUAACCAUGCAUCUGGCGCGAAACUAACAAACAUAAAUUGUUUACCCGCUUGGGGUGCUUGGACCAUGGAUUCUGUGCACGAUGACUCUAGCACUUUUCCUCUCCAGAUGCACAUACCACAAAUAAACAAAUCCCCCAGCAUUCCCUGCUCCAUUAGUCAGACCGAGUGACUGAAUUAUUUAUGUACGAUACCAUAACUCCAAGCUUUUCUAUAGUAAAACUUGCUAUCCAGUAUGCUUUUAAAAGAAACAUAGAUUUGUAAAGACUUAUACACUGAAGAGGACUAUAUUUCAUAUGAAUGUAUGUUAAAUUGAAAUAUAU